AUGACCUUUGAUGAGAUGGUGGAGAUGGUUGCAAUUGUUGAAGAGGAGGACUAUGAUUGUCUAAUAGGACCUUACAGGAAACCUAAGAAGCUAAAGGGCCAGAUCAUGGAGAAGCCUCAACUCACUCAUCCCCUCGAGGAAUUUUCACUAAAAUAUGCAUCUGUUGACUUGGCUAUCCAACACAUCCUACAGUUGGGUAGGGGUGCUUGGCUUUCCAAAGCGGAUAUCACUGACGCCUUUAAACUACUUCCCAUUAGUCCGGCCCUCUGGCAGUGGCAUGGUAUCAAAUGGCGAGGGCAGUAUUUUUUCGCUACCAAAUUAACGUUUGGUUCAAAAAGCAGUCCGUUUUUGUUUGACACCUUUGCCCGGGCAUUGCAUUGGAUCCUGGAGGACUACGGUAGUUGUCAAAGGGUCAUUCACUACCUUGACGACUUCCUGUUGUUGGAAGACCCUGGGCGCCCACCCAGGGAUCUGCAGGUACUUACGGGUUUAUUUUCAGGGUUAGACGUCCCGCUAGCAGCUCAUAAAAUGGAGGGCCCAGCCAAGGUCAUCACCUUCUUGGGGAUCACGCUGGACUCUGAGCUUAUGGUCGCUAGCCUGCCCUUGGAGAAGCUGGCCAGGAUUCGUCAGGUCAUCCAUCAGUUUGUCCGUUCCCCGGUAUGUUCAAAAAGGGACUUGCAGUCUCUUUUGGGGAUGCUCAACCAUGCCAUGAGGAUCAUUCCUCAGGGCAGGGCGUUUGUGUCCAGGUUACUGGCUGUGCUUCCCCAGGCGUACCGUCCAGCUAGGCCAAGGCACGCCACAGGCCUUGGUGGUUGGGGUCACUACGUAUUACGGGUGAAGAUUCUGACUACAACCAAUACCAGUGUUCCUACUCCAGAAACAAGUACUACAAUAACUUCCAGUACAACAGAUCCCAUUACCAGUGAAACAGCUAGUUCAACAACUGCACCAACAGUGCCUAGUUCAACAGGCUCUUCAGGUGGCACAACAACACCGACCAGCCCUGGAACUACUACUAUAAUUAUAUCAACAACGGGGUCUACAACUUGGCCAACAUCUACUACCUCAAGUUUAAUUUCUCCAACAACCUUUACAACAGCAGGAUCCCUCAUUACUGGCAUGACAUCUGGCCCAACAUCUACAACAACACAGGUUAUUUCAACUGGUUCUCCAACUAGUACGACUCCCACUAGUACUGAAACUACUACUUUAACAACAUCCACAAUAACAAGUUCAUCAACUCCAAAAACAUCCACAACAGCCGGUAACACCACUACAACAUCUAGCUCAACAUCUGCAGAAAAUACCGUUAGUUUAACUGCUUCCCCAACUACUACAACUCCCAAUAGUGCUGAGACUACCACCAAAACAACAUUAACUACACUGGGCUCUACUACUUUGACAACUUCCAGUACAACAGGAUCCAUUACCAGUGAAAAAACUAGUUCAACAAUUGCAACAACACUGCUUAGUUCAACAGAUUCUUCAGGUAGUACAACAACACCCACCAGCCCUGGAACUACUACUGUACUUUUUUCAACUACAGCAGGGUCUUCAACUUUGCCAACAUCUACUACUUCAAGUCCUUCAACUCCAAUAAUAUCCACAACAGCAGUUUCCUUCACCACUGGCAUAACAUCUAGUCCAAAAUCUUCAACAACACAGCUUAUUUCAACUGUUUCCCCAACUAGUACAACUCCCACUAGUACUGAAACUGCUAUAAUUACAGCAUCUACAAUAACAAGCUCAUCUACUCCUACAACUUCCACAACACCCGGUAUCACCACCACCACAACAUCUAGUUCAACAUCUGCAACAACACUGCUUAGUUCAACUGUUUCCCCAAUUAGUACAACCCCUAACAGUGCUGAUACUACCACUUUAACAUCAUCAACUACACUGGAGUCUACUACUCCAACAACCUCCACAAUAACUGGAUCCCUCACUACUGGUCCAACAUCUACAACAACACAGCUUAUUUCUACUGUUUCCCCAACUAGUACAACUCCUACUAGUACUGAAACUAUUACUUUAACAACACCGACGAUAACAAGCUCAUCAACUCCUACAACUUCCACUACACCUGCUAUUACCACCACAACAUCUACGAGUGAAACAACUAGUUCAAUAACUGCAACAACACUGUCUAGUUCUACAGGCUCUUCAGGUAGUACAACACUCACUAGUCGUGGGACUACUACUGUAAUUAUAUCAACUACAACGGGGUCUACAACUUUGCCAACAUCUACUACCUCAAGUCCUAUUUCUUUAACGGUCUCCACAACAACAGGAUCCCCCACUACUGGCAUAACAUCUGGUCCAACAUCAGCAACAACACAGCUUAUUUCUACUGAUUCCCCAACUAAUACAACUCCUAAUAGUGCUGAGACAACCACUUUAAUACCAUCAACUACUAUGGAGUCUACUACUUCACCAACUUCCAGUACAACAGGAUCCAUUACCAGUGAAACAACUAGUUCAACAGCUGUAACAACACUGUCUAGUUCAACAGGCUCUUCAGGUAGUACAGCAACACCCACUAGUCCUGGAACUACUACUGUAAAUUUAUCAACUACAACGGGGUCUACAACUUUGCCAACAUCUACUACCUCAAGUCCUAUUUCUUUAACGGUCUCCACAACAACAGGAUCCCCCACUACUGGCAUAACAUCUGGUCCGACAUCAGCAACAACACAGCUUAUUUCUACUCAUUCCCCAACUAAUACAACUCAUACUAGUACUGAAACUAUUACUUUAACAUCACCCACGAUAACAAGCUCAUCAACUCCUACAACUUCCACAACACCUGCUAUUACCACCACAACAUCUACCAGUGAAAUAACUAGUUUAACAACUGCAACAGUCCUGUCUAGUUCAACAGGCUCUUCAGGUAGUACAACACCCGCUAGUCCUGGAACUACUACUGUAAUUAUAUCAACUACAACAGGGUCUACAACUUUGCCAACAUCUACUACCUCAAGUCCUACUUCUCCAACAGCCUCCACAACAACAGGAUCCCUCACUACUGGCAUAACAUCUGGUCCAACAUCAGCAACAACGCUGCUUAGUUCAACUGUUUCCCCAACUAGUACAUCUCCUAAUAGUGCUGGGACUACAACUUUAUCACCAUCAACUACACUGGAGUCUACUACUUCACCAACUUCCAGUGCAACAGGAUCCAUUAACAGUAAAACAACUAGUUCAACAGCUGUAACAACACUGUCUAGUUCAACAGGCUCUUCAGGUAGUACAACAACACCCACUAGUCCUGGAACUACUACUGUAAAUUUAUCAACUACAACGGGGUCUACAACUUUGCCAACAUCUACUACCUCAAGUCCUAUUUCUUUAACGGUCUCCACAACAACGGGAUCCCCCACUACUGGCAUAACAUCUGGUCCAACAUCAGCAACAACACAGCUUAUUUCUACUGAUUCCCCAACUAAUACAACUCCUAAUAGUGCUGAGACAACCACUUUAAUACCAUCAACUACUAUGGAGUCUACUACUUCACCAACUUCCAGUACAACAGGAUCCAUUACCAGUGAAACAACUAGUUCAACAGCUGUAACAACACUGUCUAGUUCAACAGGCUCUUCAGGUAGUACAACAACACCCACUAGUCCUGGAACUACUACUGUAAAUUUAUCAACUACAACGGGGUCUACAACUUUGCCAACAUCUACUACCUCAAGUCCUAUUUCUUUAACGGUCUCCACAACAACGGGAUCCCCCACUACUGGCAUAACAUCUGGUCCAACAUCAGCAACAACACAGCUUAUUUCUACUGAUUCCCCAACUAAUACAACUCCUAAUAGUGCUGAGACAACCACUUUAAUACCAUCAACUACUAUGGAGUCUACUACUUCACCAACUUCCAGUACAACAGGAUCCAUUACCAGUGAAACAACUAGUUCAACAGCUGUAACAACACUGUCUAGUUCAACAGGCUCUUCAGGUAGUACAGCAACACCCACUAGUCCUGGAACUACUACUGUAAAUUUAUCAACUACAACGGGGUCUACAACUUUGCCAACAUCUACUACCUCAAGUCCUAUUUCUUUAACGGUCUCCACAACAACAGGAUCCCCCACUACUGGCAUAACAUCUGGUCCAACAUCAGCAACAACACAGCUUAUUUCUACUGAUUCCCCAAGUACAACUCAUACUAGUACUGAAACUAUUACUUUAACAACACCAACGAUAACAAGCUCAUCAACUCCUACAACUUCCACAACACCUACUAUUAUCACCACAACAUCUACCAGUGAAACAACUAGUUCAACAACUGCAACAACCCUGUCUAGUUCAACAGGCUCUUCAGGUAGUACAACACCCACGAGUCCUGGAACUACUACUGUAAUUAUAUCAACUACAAUGGGGUCUACAACUUUGCCAACAUCUACUACCUCAAGUCCUACUUCUCCAACAGCCUCCACAGCAACAGGAUCCUUCACUACUGGCAUAACAUCUGGUCCAACAUCAGCAACAACACUGCUUAGUUCUACUGUUUCCACAACUAGUACAUCUCCUAAUAAUGCUGGGACUACAACUUUAUCACCAUCAACUACACUGGGGUCUACUACUUCACCAACUUCCAGUACAACAGGAUCCAUUACCAGUGAAACAACUAGUUCCACAGCUGUAACAACACUGUCUAGUUCAACAGGCUCUUCAGGUAGUACAACAACACCCACUAGUCCUGGAACUACUACUGUAAUUAUAUCAACUACAACAGGGUCUACAACUUUGCCAACAUCUACUACCUCAAGUCCUACUUCUCCAACAGCCUCCACAACAACAGGAUCCCUCACUACUGGCAUAACAUCUGGUCCAACAUCAGCAACAACGCUGCUUAGUUCAACUGUUUCCCCAACUAGUACAUCUCCUAAUAGUGCUGGGACUACAACUUUAUCACCAUCAACUACACUGGAGUCUACUACUUCACCAACUUCCAGUACAACAGGAUCCAUUAACAGUAAAACAACUAGUUCAACAGCUGUAACAACACUGUCUAGUUCAACAGGCUCUUCAGGUAGUACAACAACACCCACUAGUCCUGGAACUACUACUGUAAAUUUAUCAACUACAACGGGGUCUACAACUUUGCCAACAUCUACUACCUCAAGUCCUAUUUCUUUAACGGUCUCCACAACAACGGGAUCCCCCACUACUGGCAUAACAUCUGGUCCAACAUCAGCAACAACACAGCUUAUUUCUACUGAUUCCCCAACUAAUACAACUCCUAAUAGUGCUGAGACAACCACUUUAAUACCAUCAACUACUAUGGAGUCUACUACUUCACCAACUUCCAGUACAACAGGAUCCAUUACCAGUGAAACAACUAGUUCAACAGCUGUAACAACACUGUCUAGUUCAACAGGCUCUUCAGGUAGUACAGCAACACCCACUAGUCCUGGAACUACUACUGUAAAUUUAUCAACUACAACGGGGUCUACAACUUUGCCAACAUCUACUACCUCAAGUCCUAUUUCUUUAACGGUCUCCACAACAACAGGAUCCCCCACUACUGGCAUAACAUCUGGUCCGACAUCAGCAACAACACAGCUUAUUUCUACUCAUUCCCCAAGUACAACUCAUACUAGUACUGAAACUAUUACUUUAACAACACCAACGAUAACAAGCUCAUCAACUCCUACAACUUCCACAACACCUACUAUUAUCACCACAACAUCUACCAGUGAAACAACUAGUUCAACAACUGCAACAACCCUGUCUAGUUCAACAGGCUCUUCAGGUAGUACAACACCCACGAGUCCUGGAACUACUACUGUAAUUAUAUCAACUACAAUGGGGUCUACAACUUUGCCAACAUCUACUACCUCAAGUCCUACUUCUCCAACAGCCUCCACAGCAACAGGAUCCUUCACUACUGGCAUAACAUCUGGUCCAACAUCAGCAACAACACUGCUUAGUUCUACUGUUUCCACAACUAGUACAUCUCCUAAUAGUGCUGGGACUACAACUUUAUCACCAUCAACUACACUGGGGUCUACUACUUCACCAACUUCCAGUACAACAGGAUCCAUUACCAGUGAAACAACUAGUUCCACAGCUGUAACAACACUGUCUAGUUCAACAGGCUCUUCAGGUAGUACAACAACACCCACUAGUCCUGGAACUACUACUGUAAUUAUAUCAAAUACAACAGGGUCUACAACUUUGCCAACAUCUACUACCUCAAGUCCUAUUUCUUUAACAGCCUCCACAACAACAAGAUCCCUCACUACUGGCAUAACAUCUGGUCCGACAUCAGCAACAACACAGCUUAUUUCUACUGAUUCCCCAAGUACAACUCAUACUAGUACUGAAGCUAUUACUAUAACAACACCCACGAUAACAAGCUCAUCAACUCCUACAACUUCCACAACACCUACUAUUAACACCACAACAUCUGGUCCAACAUCAGCAACAAUACUGCUUAGUUCAACGAUUUCCCCAACUAGUACAACUCCUAAUAGUGCUAAUAGUGCUGGAACUACAACUUUAUUACCAUCAACUACACUGGAGUCUACUACUUCACCAACUUCCAGUACAUUAGGAUCCAUUACCAGUGAAACAACUAGUUCAACAUCUGUAACAACACUGUCUAGUUCAAUAGGCUCUUCAGGUAGUACAACACCCACGAGUCCUGGGACUACUACUGUAAUUAUAUCAACUACAAUGGGCUCUACAACUUUGCCAACAUCUAAUACCUUAAGUCCUACUUCUCCAACAGCCUCCACAACAACAGGAUCCCUCACUACUGGCAUAACAUCUGGUCUGACAUCAGCAACAACACUGCUUAGUUCAACGGUUUCCCCAACUAGUACAACUCUUAAUAGUGCUGGAACUACCACUUUAAUGCCAUCAACUACAACAGGAUCCAUUACCAGUGAAACAAGUAGCUCAAAAAUUGUAACAACAAUGCUUAGUUCAACAGAUUCUUCAGUUCAUACAACAACAUCCACCAGCCCUGGAAAUUCUGGUAAUAUUUUUUCAAUUACAACAGGUUCUACAACUUUGCCAACAUCUACUAUCUUAAUUCCUUUGACUCCAACAACCUCCACAACAACAGGUUACCUCACCACUGGCAUAACAUCUAGUCCAGCAUCUUCAACAACACAGCUAACUUCAACUGUAUCUCCAACUAUUACUCCCACUAGUACUGAAACUGCUACUUUUACAACAUCCACAAUAACAAGCUCACCAACUCCUGCAACUUCCACAGCACCCGUUAACAUCACCACAAUGUCUAGUUCAACAUCUGCAACAACACUGCUUAGUUCAACUGUUUCCCCAAAUAGUACAACUCCCACUAGUACUGAAACUGCUACGUUUACAACAUCCACAAAAACAAGCUUAUCAACUCCUACAACUUCCACAUUACACACUAACACCACCACAACAUCUAGUUCAACAUCUGCAACAACACUGCUUAGUUCAACUGUUUCCCCAACUAGUACAACUCCUAAUAGUGCCUGGACUACCACUUUAACACCACCAACUACACUGGAGUCUACUACUUUAAUGACUUUCAGUACAACAGGAACUAUUACCAGUGAAACAACUAGUUCAACAACUGCAACAACACAGUCUAGUUCAACAGGGUCUUCAGGUAAUACAACAACACAUACUAGUCCUGGAUCUACUACUGUAAUUAGUACAACUGGGUCUACAACUUUGCCAACAUAUUCUACCUUAAGUCCUACUUCUCCAACAACCUUCACAUCAACAGGAUCCCUCACUACUGAUAUAACAUCUGGUCCGACAUCUGUAACAACACAUCUUAUUUCAACUGUUUCCUCAACUAGUACAACUCCCACGAGUACGGAAACUACUCCUCUGACAACGUCCAUAAUUACAAGCUCAUUGAUUCCUACAACUUCCACAACACCCGGUAACACCACUACAACAUCUUCAACAACACUGCUAAGUUUAGCUGUUUCCCCAACUAGUACUACUUCUAAUAAUGCUGGGACUACCAUUUUAACAACAUCAACUACUCCAGGGUCUACAACUUUAAUAACUUCUAGUGCAACAGGAUCAAUUACCAGUGAAACAGCUAGUUCAUCAAUUGUAACAACACUACCUAGUUCAACAGGUUCUUCAGUUAUUACAACAGAAUCCACUAGUCCGGGAACUAAUACUUUAAUUGUAUCAACUACAAUAGGGUCUACCAUUAUACCAACAUCCAGUACUUCAGGCACUACUAUAACAAGCUCCAUAACAACAAAAUCUGUCAACGGUGAAACUCCUACAGCUUCAGCAUCUACAACAGCUAGCACGUUAUUACCCACUUCUACUACUUUACUAUCAACCAGCACAGCAGAUUCUAGUUCAACAUUUCCAACAACAAUGCAAAGUUCAAUUGUUUCAUCAACUAGUGUGACUCCCAUUGGAGCUGGAGCUAGUAAUUUAGCAACAUCCACUACAUUGGGAGAUACUACUUCAUCAACAUCCACAAGAGGAUCCAUUACCAGUGAAACAUCUAGUUCAACAACUGCAACAAAACUGUCUAGUUCAACAGACUCUUCAGGUAGUACAACACCUACUAGUUCUGGAACUUCCACAUUGAUUUUAUCAACUACUAUAGGGUCUACAACUUUGCCAACAUCUAUUACCUUAAGUCCUACUUCUCCAUCAAGUUCCAAUACAACAGGAUCCAUUACCAGUAAAACAGCUAGUUCAAUGACUGCAACAACACUGCCUAGUUCAACAGCAUCUGCCACCGGUGAAACAAGUACUGCUUCAGCCACUACAACCAAUAACAUGUCAAUACCUAUUGCUGCUGGGACUACCACUUCAGCAACAUCCACUAUUACAGGCACAAUUGCAACCUCAUCAAAUAAAACAUUUACUGAUGUUAGCUUUACUGGAACAGUCACAGGUUCUCCUUCUGCAUCAGUCACCAGUGAUUCUGGCAGUAGCUCUACCACUGCCACUACUAUUGGUACAACAGGUACCUCUUCAACCACAUCAAUAUCCAUUGCUACUAAUAGCAUUGAAACUACAGUCACUGUAUUAAAUGGGACAACUGCUAAUCCAUCUAGUACUACUGGAUCAAAAGCUAAUGGAAGCACAUUUAAUACUUCCUUGGUUACAUUACCAGCUGGUACUAUCACAAACAGCACUGUGUCAACAUUGUCGGCUGGUACUGUAACACCAAGUACUACAACUACUAUUGGAAGCUUAAGUGCCACUGCAAUGCUUACUACUACUAUACUGGGAAAUAAGACCUCUGCCAACAUUAAUUUUACUUCCCUAUCCCCUGUUACCCAGGACAUAAUAAGUACUAGAACAGUUUCAGGUCCCACUGCAAACAUUAAUAGCACUCCUGCUUCUUCAUCAUCCACGGAGACUACAGUUAAGACCACAUUUGCUACAAAUUCUACUGGAUCAACAACUACAGAAAGUACCAUCAUUGCUUCUAUAGUAACACCUAUUGGAGCUGGGGUUAAUAGCAAAACCACUACUUCUUCUGAAACAAAAGCUACUGAAAACAAUGCUACUUCCAUUUCACUUACAGUAUCUUCUAUUCCUACGGCUCUUUUUAGCACAUCUGCUGCAGAACAGACCACUAUCACUGGAACCAUGACCAGUGCUGUUACAUUGUUAGAGUCCAAUGCUACUGCAACUCAUCCUAGUUCUACUUAUUCUACUAUCACAAACAGAACUGUGUCAACAUUGUCAGCUGGUACUGUAACACCAAGUACUACAACUACUAUUGGAAGCUCAAGUGCCACUGCAAUGAUGAUUACUACUACUAUACUGGGAAAUAAUACCUCUGCCAGCAUUACUUUUACUUCCCUAUCCCCUGUUACCCAGGAAAUAAUAAGUACUAGAACAAUUUCGGGUCCCAUUGAAAACAUUAAUAGCAUUACUGCUUCUUCAUCAUCCACUGAGAAUACAGUUAAGUCCACUUUUGCUACAAAUGCUACUGGAUCAAUAACUGUAGAAAGUACAAUUAUUGCUUCUAUAGUAACACCCAUUGGAGCUGGGGUCAAUAGCAAAACUACUACUUCUUCUGAAACAAUAGCUACUGAAAACAAUGCUACUUCCAUUUCACUUACAGUAUCUUCUAUUCCUACGGCUCUUUUUAGCACAUCUGCUGCAGGACAGACCACUAUCACUGGAACCAUGACCAGUGCUGUUGCAUUGUUAGAGUCCAAUGCUACUGCAACUCAUCCUAGUUCUACUUAUUCUACAACAUUAGCUGCUACCACUGCCCCGGGGAACAUCAACUCUAGCAGUACAGACUCUGUCUCUACUGGGACUAUAAUAAGUACUUCUCUCAUAUCAGAACCAUCUUCCACUGGAAUCAACAACAACACUGCUGCUAGUGGUAUCAACUCUAUUACCCACAUUUCUACCACUCUUGGUUCUUCCAGUACAACUAUUUCAACAGGACCUGUUUUCAUUGGAAGUACAAACUCUACAUCCAACAGUACUGUAACAAUGACUAUGCAAGCUACUAACAGCACAGUCACUGGAACAAACAAUAGCAACUACACUACUGGUGGUGUUCAACCUACUGGAACUAUUGCUUCUGUAUCCAUGACAGCAAAUACUAACACAGCAACCAUUUCUGGCACAGGCUUAUCUACAACAGCAAGCGUUACAUACUGGCAAAUAAUACUUUUUGGAUUGAUGUCGAUCUUAGGCAUGGGCCUGCUCAUAUGUUUAUUAUGUUGGAUAUUAGCGUGCUGCCGUACUCCUCGAUAUCCAAUUACAAGAUAUCCCAGUUACAGAACACAUUAUGGCUGGUAUAAUUUUUUUUCUGAAGCCACAGAUCCCGAGAAAGGAAUAAAAGGAGAACAUGAAAAAAGGCCUACAGUCUCUCGGGGAGUGUACCAUCCUCCGUUGCCAUCCAGUGCUGGCAUUCAUAAGUGAUGUACGAUGUACGAUAUUUAAUAGCUGAGACACUGAGACUGAAGAAUAUUUAUUAUAUUUUAUACUAUGUGUAAUUUUAUAAUUUAUGUUUAAAGUGGUGUACCAAAGAGGAAAAAAAUUAGAUCUGUCAUGAAUUAAAUAAUAUGGAAUAUUUUUGGUUUUAAGGGAUUCCAGGGUUUGUGGCUAAGCCACAAAAUAAAAUAACAUAGGUAAUACAAAUACUACCUUUUAUGGGAAAAUAGUGACUUUUGGACCACUUUACUAUUAAUAAUUUUUCCCUUAUAAUAUUCCUCCAAUUAACAACAUCUUGACCAGUAUAUUAUGGAUAGAUGCCCAAUCUAUAGGCAUGUCAAUAGAUCUGUGGGUCUUGGUGUCAUGGUUGAUCCGUGCUUUGUUCAUCUUCUAAAACUUUUUGGCAUUUGACCAUAGAACAUAUUACUGUAACUGUCCCCCUGCUCAGUGAUUAAUGCUACUAUAAGUGUUUCAGAUGCCCAGAAUUGAAACCAGUCCAUUAGAUUUCAAAAGAUUUGGUGUUAGGGAUCACACAUUUGAACUGAAGUCAAAAGACGGUAGUUUGCAAUAACAGACUUUUUCAACUCCUAGCUUAAUUGUUGAGACAUAACCACUAUUAUAACCAGUGCAACUCUCAUUUCAACAUCACUAUGCUGCUUGGUAAAUUUCAGCAAUUGCCAUAGAAUUUGUGGGAAGCUGCUUUUUUUCUUGAACAUUAGAAGUCGCCUGUGAUCAAUGAAAGAAGUCUUGAAGCUUAGGUACCUACAACCUUUAAUUCCAAAGUCUAUAUUGAUAUAAAGAAUAUUUACUGGGAAUGUCAAGGUUAGUCUGUGAUCUUGUGGAAGCUUAAACGUUCAUACAUAGGGAGUUUUUGUGCAAUACCCUGAAAAGACUUUCAAAUGUAUCUCUGCAAAUAUAUUAUAGAUUUUUGUAUGCUUGUAAAUAUAGAUUUCACAGAUACUGACCUCAGGCUUAGUUUUUACAUAUAAUUUAUUCACACAUUAUCAUUUUUUUUACCUUAUUUGCACUAAUUAUAUGCAAAGUUUUGCAUUUUUAUUUUUUUAUUUCGAUUUUUCUUUAUUUGAAUAUUUUUAUGUUGCUGUAGGCAUAGCACUCUUAAAUUAUAUUUAGGCAUGAUAUAUUCAUGGUAAUGUCAAUCACAUACUUGCAUUUUAUGUCUCUUGGGAACCCCAGUGGUGAGAUUCCACAAUAAUUCCCUGCUCUGGCCAACUUUAAACAAAAACAAAUCAUGAUGUGAUGGGCUUUCUAUAAUGUAAAAUAAAUAACUCAAGAAUCUAACAGCAUGCUCAUGACAAUUUUGCUGUGGCAUGGGUGGGCAUGUACACUACUGUAAGAAAACAUCAGCACCAAAGUUUCUAUGAGCUAAAAGGAGCCUAAGGGCAAAUCAUGUUCCUUCACCCACCAUCAGAUUUUGGUUGUCAAAGAAGAACAGAGGAGGAACAAUGAAAUUCAUCCUGAACAGCAAGUCUUUUAGUGAGAUAUGCAAUUAAAGGCCAACUGAGUAAAGUUUUACUGAUCAGGCUUAGGUGCAGGCAGGGUCAUGUAGCAAGUCCAGUAUGACAAUAACUCUUGCCAACACUCAAAACAUUUGGAUCAUUUCUUCUGUGUAUCCUUCAGGUAUAUCCUUUACCAUCUAACUUAUAAAAGGCUGAAAUUCUCCCACAGGCUUAUAUGGAUACAAAAUUUGUUAGAUGGUAAAAAAAAAAAAAAAAAAUGCAGAGCUAGCAUGGAACAAUAUUAUUAUAGAAAUGAGUAAUGCAAAUGCACCUGAUAAAAACUCUUCCAUUUAAAAAUCAAACUUUUAUGAUGCAUUUUUAAGGCCAGAACUCAAAAUCUGUAUCAGACAUCAAGUUUUCUUAAAUAAUCAAUGCUUUGCAGAGUUGAGGAGUUGGCUUCAAGAGUUGAAGAUUGCCAGCCACAAUGAUUUCUCUUUGAAAUACAGUACUUAUACAGUACUUACAAUAUGUUUAUGGUAAUAUUGGCUUAUGGGAAAGAAUAAAGUAAUGAAAUGGCUAAAUAGUUUGCAGUAUUUAUUUAACACUAGCAUGAUUAAAGGGAUUUUACUAAUGUGUCAAUGUCUAUAGCAAUUUGUAAGAUAUUGUAAUUUUGUACAUUUGUUAAAAUGUUUGUAUUUAUUACAUUGUAUAUUGUAUAAUAGAAAAAAAUAUUAAUAGUGUUAUUACUAUUAAAACAUACAUGCUGGACUAAA